CACUACUACACCACCUCUAGCGAGGGAAGCCCCCCACGCGUUGCGCGCCUGGAUCACCGGGGGUUUUGCAUUUAUAUAUUUAUUUAUAUUCAGGUUCUCUCACCCGGCUGCGCGUGUGCACGCGCGCGCAGCACUUACACGUGUGUGUUCAAAAGGAAGCCCUCGGACUCGGUCCUCAACAGUUGCCACCAGAAGGAGGGAGAGAGAGGGAGACGGCAGACUGAGGACCGGACGGACGCCGCUCUGCCCGGCUCUGCUCCUGACAUGCAGUCGCUCAUUUCUCCGGGACGUGGACUGCGACCACGGAAUUUGAGGAUUCCGUUCAAGCCUGGAAAUAACGGGAAAUCAACAAUGGGGCGCACAGAGGAGCCCAAAGAGUCCUGUCUGAUCCCAAUUGCAAGGAAGCGAGGAUGCACAAACGUCGUAUUGGAAUGUGUCCCACAGGCUUGCAUCGCUCUGCCUGUCUAGAUUGACUGAUUUCUGCUGCAUUUGCACACCCUGCCAAGGAUGUGGGCUGCCCUUCGAUUUCGUCUUCUCCCUGCUAUCAAGCUGUACCUGCUUGGGUUUAAGGUCCUGCUGGAUCAGCUACUAAGCAAACCUUUAAAACUUCCAGUGAUGCCCCGUCAAGAUGGCAAGGUUGCCAUAGUGACAGGAGGAGGCAGGGGAAUCGGCUAUGAGGUGGUCCGGCAUUUGGCCAGACUGGGAGCACAUGUUAUCAUAGGUGGAAGGGAUGAGCAGAGGGGUCUUGCUGCCAUCAAAAGGAUUUGUGAAGAGGACAAGGAGGCCAGAGUGGAGUUUGCGAAAUUGGACCUUGCUUCAUUGCAGUCAGUCCAACAAUUUGCUGACAGCUUCAAGAAGAGGAACCUGCCACUCAAUAUUUUGGUAAAUAAUGCCGGUGUGAUGCUGAUUCCCGAGGGCCGAACUGAGGAUGGGUUUGAGCAGCACUUUGGUGUGAAUUACCUAGGCCACUUUCUGUUGACCUGGCUCCUCCUAGAUGCACUGAAGGAUUCUGGGAAGUCCGGUCAGGUUUCCUGUGUGGUCAAUGUUUCGUCGUCAGCUCAUUCCAUCGGGGAAAUCAGACUGAAUGACUUAAACAGCUGCCAACAUUUUUCACCUCAUGCUGCUUACUGCGGAAGUAAACUGGCCCAGGUGCUGUUCAGUUCUUAUCUUCACCAGGAGAUGCAGAGAGAAGGUUUUCCAGUGGUUUCAUGUGCCGUGGAUCCAGGCGUGGUGGAUACGGGUCUCUAUAAACAUCUCUGCACACCUCUACAUUUGGCACAAAGUCUAAUUGCUCGGAUACUGUUCAGGACUCCUGUAGAGGGCGCUGCCACUGUACUGUCAGCUACUUUGUCACCAGCCCUGGAUGAGGAUUCUGGCGGAGGCUACUGGGCCAACGGGCGAAGGGAGAUGACAACUCCGCCCACAUUUGACCCUCAGCUUCCAUUGAGUUUAUGGGAAAUCAGCCUCCAGUUGCUGGGAUUACAGUAACAUGGGACUCUAAGGAUGACUAAGAGGACUAAAUCUAUUUGAAAGCAUCACAUAAAGACCUUAAACUUGGGCUUACAUUAUUUCUGACCGUUUUUAAAAUGAUUUUCCAAAUCUCACAUGAAGGUGUUGGUUGCACAGAGAGAACUGUGAUUGGUUGCGUAGGAUUUGGCUAGCUGUUGUACCAUACCUGCUUAUGAAGGGCUAACGUGAACAGAAUAUGUCUUCAUAUUAUGUUGUUUUAUUUAUAUUUCUUUCCAAUCAAACAAUAUAUGCAGACAUACAUAAAUUUGUGUCACCCAGCAGAACCACUGACCAGAUUUCUGUAAUCAGUGAAUUUGUUUUUGGAUAUUAAUAAUUGGCCGUCUAAAAAUUGCUAAAUCUAAUCAGUUACAAGACUUUUUUUUCAACAAUCCAAAUGUUAGGGUUAAGUGAUGGUGAAAAGUUACACAGUAAAUUAAAGUUUGAAGUCGAUGAUGUACAGAAAAGUAACGACUACUGUUAUUGUCAAUACAUAAAUCAAUUUUUUUCAUUCAAAGCACUUCAUUUUUUUUCUCUCAUUCUAGAGCUCUUACUGUCUAAUAAGGCAGGUUGUCAAGCUUUUACUGACUUUAAAGACAUUGUUUAGCACCUAAAAGUGAUCUAGAAGGAUAUUUGAAGAAUCUCACUCAACAGAUGUGAACUUGGAACAAUUCUCCCUCAGUCUGUGAAUGAUUCAACAUUUGAAUAUUAAUUGAUUGCAAAGCAAGGCUUUCCAGAUGUUCCUUUUUCUCCAUCAGUUCAGACACAAAAAGGAGAAAUCGGUCAUCAGUUUUCCUUUUUCAUUUGUACCUGUUUGGUGUCGGGGACAUGUGUGCAGUAUGCACAGAAGUCUAGGAUGAACUCUUAAGGACUCAAUAAAUAUUGAUUGGGAACAAAACAAUAACCGGUCUUGGAGGAAGGGGAAAAAGAGAAAGCACUUUUCUUCUUUUUGUUUUUUUUCUAGCGCACAAACUGUGAUUGGUUCCCCACAGCUGCAGCUAAUGCCGCUUCCUUAUUUGGCGCCACUCCCAGUGCAUUGUGGGAUGGAAAAAUCUCCAUGAUGAAAAUAAAACUGUCUGGUGAGCUGACACAGACGCUCACUUGGAAAACACUGGAAGCAGCACAUCCAGCCGAAGGCUUAUCCAGCAAACAAACACAGCUGUCUCUCAUGCAGGACGCGCCAUAAUGCCCUCUCCACUGUGAUUAAUGCAUUUUAGCAUUGAAGAUCAAACGUUUAUCUCAAAUUGACAUUCUUAGGCUAAAUUCUUUGCCAUUUAGAAGUCAGCCUCUUAUCUUAAUUUGCUGUAUAUAAAGCAAUACUAUCACUGUGGUAGCUAAGUUAGCUACUGGCAGAGAUAUUCAUUAUAGAAGCAGAGAAGUUCCCAAAUAUAUGAGUAAUUUGAAAUUUCUCUAUCUACAUGUACAAAGAUGUGUAAUGAAGAGAUUUUUAGUGUUAUGUUUUUUGGAAUAGCUACAUUUAAAGAUUUUGCCUUUUCUUAGGUAGGUGUCUCGAUCCUUUUAGGGAUGCAGCUCACAAUGUCUCCUCCAGAAAACUGAGGUCAAAUCGAAUCUGUUCCUCCUCCCUAAAUGAGAGCAUAGAUAACCUGCUCUGUCCUUUUCCUGUUAAUGUAUUUGGACAGCUAAAGGUGGGUGAAGGACUUCAUUUUACUGGCCUGUUGUUUUUGUAAAAGUCGAUCAGAUUUUUUACGUAAACCUGUAUGAUCCUACAACUUUGUCUGUCAGCAAUUGUCUACUUUGAUUUGGAUAUACAAAUGCACCAGAAGUCCAGUAAAUGAGUCAUCUCCGCCUUGACCAGUCUCAACAGUUUUGUGACAUCGCUUCAAGACAGUAAUUCAAUUCUGAAGCAAACAAAUCAUUAGAUGUUUUUUUUAUUUUAUUUUUGUAGGUUCAUAAUUGUGUGAGGACUGACUACUCAAUGCCAGCAAUAUUUCUCAGUGUUUGGAUGAAUUUGUUUUCUGCCUUCUCAGUGUUGUCACACAAUACUCGGAAACUGUUCGCCUCAAUGCUUCCUUGUUUGAUUGUGACUCCCUUAGGCUACUGGAGUAAAUAACACAUAUAUUCCCACUGAAACAAAUGUGCUUGCUUCCUGUGACAUAAAUGAAAAAAACACCAGCUUACAACUCAGCUCUGCUCUUCUACAGAGUGCAAGGCUACAAAUGUGUGCUACAUCCUGUCAAAGAGCUAUCUAGUUUCUCUCAGUUCAGCUGCUGAACCAGUGGAUUUAAAUGAGAGAGGAGUGAGGCAGAGGGGACCAAGAGAGCUUCAGACUCUUUCAUCUGAGCACAAGGUUAUCCAAAGAGUGAGCGUUUGACAGAGGUAUGAACAAGCAAGUGAACUUUCUGAACUCAAACUGCAAAUUUAGAAAAAGAGCUAAAACGGCUCCAGUAAGUAUUUGUCAGUGGUUUCGUCUACGUGAUUAACAUGUAUUUGAUUAUUUAAACCACUGGAGGAGAACUGUGGAGGUGUGUGUAGAUUGAAAAUGCUUUAAUAGCCAUUCCUUUGACUGACCUGGGAUUACAUUUAUAUUAAAUGUUCUAGUCCCAUGUUUUGCAAAAUCCUUAAAUGUGUAUAUCUAUGUGAAGAGCUGAGGAUAAAAGGGGAGCCAGAUGAACUGAGUCCUUACUUUGGGACAAUUAAAGUAUCUCCCUGUUCACUUAAAGCAUGGAAACCGUGUACUUGUUCUGAGUCCAAGCUUGCAUUUUUGAGACUCAAAAAAAAAAUGUUCCCACCACAGAAUCAUGGUAAAAACUCAGUUCAUCUCGGCACUUGGAGGUUUUAAUAUAUGUGUUUUACUUUUCUCAUAAUUUUUGCUGUUGUUGAGAUGCACAUAUUGCUUUUUCUGUGCCUAAGAAAAAAAAAAGAACUCCCUCUUAUGUGACUGUGAAUUUUCUCAUGUAGAACUGAACUAGUAGUAACUGUGAUACCGUCUUGUCCCGUGCAUUGCUGUAAGUUUUUUCUCUCGAGAGCGUUCGGAUGGAGACUGUUCGGUUACGUGUGCCUGUAUGCGCGAGUAAGUGUUUGUUUAGUUAAGGGAAUUGAUGUCCAUGUUUCCUGUCUACGGUUGUAACAUUCCAGCAGCAGCAACCCCUAUUUUUUCUAUUAUCCAAAGUCUCUCAAUAAACAUAUCAUUGUGCCA